AUGUUCCGUCAAUCUGUUCAAUCCCUUCGCAUUCCUUCUCCCUCCGUACUCCCUCCAUCGCGACUCCUUACCCGCAACUCGUUCUCCGUUGCUCCGAAGGGAUCUUAUAGCCGGUCCUACUCUACCGAAUCCACCUCUACUCACCCGUCACCCAAACCCCAGCGCUCCCGUCUCCGCCGUGUCAUCGGCUUCACCUCAAUCGCCGUCUUCGCAUUCACCGUUGGACUAACCUACCAAACCCAACUUACCCUCUCACGCAUAAUGGCCACCCCAACCGAAGAAGAGACCCUAACGGCCUUCAUCGCCGCCGAUCCUAUGUCCUCAAAAAUCGACACCACCAUUCGCACCCACCCCGUCGCAGAAGCCCUCCGCGCAAGACCAGAGUUCUCCGAAUCCCGCCCACACCUCACAAUUCCAGAGCCUCUGCGCUUACGGAACCUGACCGCCGGAACGCUGGCCGGACCUGGGAAGAUUGUCGUGCCGCCGUAUGUAUUCAGUGAGCGCGACGGCAAGUCCAUGGUCUCGCUGAUGUAUCUCGGCGGUGAUGUCUGUGGUCAUCAGGGGAUUAUUCACGGAGGUCUACUGGCUACGUUGUUGGACGAGGGUCUGGCGCGUUGUUGUUUCCCCGCACUGCCGAAUAAGGUGGGUGUUACGGCUAAUUUGAAUAUUGAUUACCGUGCUCCUGCUAUGGCGAAUCAGUAUGUUGCUCUCCGGGCUGAGACGGUCAAGGUGGAGGGUCGGAAGGCGUGGGUGGAAGGUCGGAUUGAGACUCUUCCUGUUGAUGGUACGGAGCCGGUUGUGUUGGUUGAGGCUAAAGCGUUGUUCAUUGAGCCUCGGCAAGCUGCUGUAAGUUGGGAUUGA